UUCCCCCCUGCUAACAUGUUAAAUGCUAAAAAGGCGAGGAGUGGUGGUCGCUGCUGAGUGCUUCUGUUUACUGGGUGUUUGCCAUUCGUUUGCCUUUGUCUACCUCUUCCGUCGUAUGAGUUAGGCUCGGUUGUUGAAUAAAGGCGGCAUGGAGAGGACAGAACAGCCGUGGAAUUCCUCCUACACGUACCAGGUGAGCAAACACAGCGCCGAGAUGCUACACAACCUCAACAGCCAGAGAAAAGAUGGAGGCAGGUUUUGUGAUGUUAUCUUGCGCGUCGGAGAGGAGAGCUUCCCCGCGCACAAGGCAGUGUUGGCGGCGUGCAGCGAGUAUUUUGAGUCGGUGUUCAGCUGUCAAACGGAAGACGACGGCCAGGGCAAGGAGCUGGAGAUGCACACGAUCAGCCCCAAAGUUUUCCGAGACAUCCUGGACUUCGCGUACACCUCUAAGAUCGUGGUGCGCCUGGAGUGCUUCCCGGAGCUCAUGACCGCGGCGAAGUUUCUGCUCAUGCGAUCUGUCAUCGAGAUCUGUCAGGAGGUCAUCAAACAAUCCAACGUGCAGAUCCUCGUGCCUCCCUCCCGAGGAGGCGAGCACAGCCUGUUCAGGGCCGCGGAGCAGCUGUCAUACCCCCUGCCCGUGGACAUGUCAAACGGGAGUGUGUCCAACGGCCCUGUGUUUACCGACAACAAUGACAGUGACAGUGGCGAUCCGACGCAGCCGAGAAACGGUUCGCAGCCGGUCGCUCCCGGAGCACCAGCGGACGGUCGCUUAGCGGUUUCCCCGUUGGAGUUUCCCAACAGCGACGGCUCCAAGCGAGGCAGAGGGAGACCCAAAAAAGAGCCCACAACAGAGCCGAUCACUUACAAUAACAGCACUGCUCAAAACGAAAACGAGGGCAUUUUCUCGUGCGGGGUUUGUGGUAAAAUGUUUCCAGACGACGUCCAGUUGAGAAACCACGAGACGCAGCACGGGACGUUCACCGGCGGGGUGAGCACGGGAGCGGAGCUGGUCGCUGUGGACGGCCCGACGAUGAUCUCUCAUCCCCAGUCGAGGUUUCAGGAAAACGGUCUGCCCGCGGACAACCGUAAACGCGAGAGAACGAGACGACACGUCGCGUGUGAUCUGUGCGGGAAAGUCUUCCGAGACGUCUACCACCUCAACCGACACAAACUGUCACAUUCGGGCGAGAAACCGUACGCGUGUCCGGUGUGCGGGCUGCGCUUCAAACGCAAGGAUAGGAUGUCUUACCAUGUGCGGUCUCACGACGGCUCUGUGGGUAAACCGUAUGUCUGUCAAAGCUGCGGGAAAGGUUUCUCCAGGCCAGACCAUCUGAAUGGACAUAUUAAACAGGUUCACACCACAGAGAGACCUCACAAGUGUCAGAAUUUGGCUGUUCUGCUCUAUAUCACACCAUCUUUCAGGACUUUUCUCUCAGUGGAUGAGAAAGGAUCUAGUGGUCAUCUGACUGUAUUGACUGCGAAUUGUCCCCCUUGGCCUCUCUGUGUGUUCCUCUAUCCAUAUCUCUUACCUCUUGGGGCGGUUACUGGCGGUGUAGACCUUUGCACCAGUCGCCGGCUCCUGGUUACCUUUCCCGAGACUUUUCGGGGGCUAACUGGGCCAGUUCUACCCCAGCCCGUCCCUCCGGCCCUGGGCCUGCAGCCUGAGCUGCUUCUGGGCAAGCCAGGUCCAACUCCCUAUUUCUGGGAGUGCCGCUCUUCUGGAGCACCAGGGUUUCCACUUCAUGGACCUCUUACAGACGGGCAGGAGAAUGCUGGGAAAUGCCCCCAUCAGGAUUCUGAUGGAUCGGAUGCAGUUUUCGGUGACCUUUCCAACGGAACGGACCUCAAAGCUGAACAGAAAGUUGAAGGAGAAGAAAUGGAGGUGACAUCUUUCAUCUUCAAUGGCCAACCUGAGGAUGCAGUGACCUCGCCGGGGGGAUCCAAAAACAUCCAAAAAAUAGACCAAGAAAAGAAGUUUGCGUGCGGCGAUUGCGGCCAGACCUUCCGCACAAAGUCUUACCUCAACAAGCACCAUCACCGGGUUCAUAAGAAACGUGCUGCAGCCGGGUCCGGUCUCGGAGAUCUCGGCUCACCCUUUUCCCCCCAACAAAAUAUGUCACUUCUUGAAUCCUUUGGUUUUCAGAUCGUCCAGUCAGCCUUUGCCUCCUCACUAGUGGACUCUGAGAUGGGCAGCAGUGGAAUUGGUUUAGGGGAGAAAUGACCUCUUUGAGAUACAGACAUUUCUUAUAACCUUUUUGGAUAACCAAACGUUUAGUCUGUUGUCUCAUACUCUUUGGUGCCAUAUGUAGACUACUUUCUUUUUUUUUGCUUUUCUUACUAUUGAAAUGUUUGUUAAUGUUUUGACUUUGCCAUCAUGGAUGCCAUCUUGGUGUGAAACAGCUAAUCUGUUUAUUCCACUUUGGGCAAAUCCUCAAUUUCAUUGGUCUAUCCUGGGAAAAAAAAAAUCAUAUUACUUUUGACAUGUAUGUAUAUCACGUGUGUCUCUCAGCUUCCAAAUGGUGGAUUGAGGAUGAUGUUUGCUUUAAAAGACAAACUGAUGCCCCAAACUUUUUUAGAAUGUACCUCUAGUUUAUUUGUGCCCAGACUUACCUCACCAAGAAGCAUAGCAAGCCUUACAAUUUUAACAAAAUCUAAACAAAACAAUAGUUUUCACAAUCAGAAAACAUUGAGUCAUUUGCGCAACUGUUGUAGUCCAAUGACCUUUAACCUACAGCAACUAGUCAUAACAUUGAAAUGUUUUUGUCUUUUGCUGUAGGAAUUACUUUGACAAACAUUUAAAUGAAUUUAAAUCCUUGAAAACUUCAGGCCAAAUAAUGGCCGUUAUCUCUGUAAUUUUUUGUGGUGUUUCUUUGUUUAUCGUUGGUAGUUUUGAGACCGAUUGUUUUGGGUCACAAAAAGUAUGUCAGUUUUUAAUGUCCAACAGGGACCAAUUUCAGGUUUCACUGUAAGAUAUAGCAAGAAGCAAAGAAUAUAUUUUAUUAACUUAUUGAUACCGGUGUCCAACUCUCCUUUAUGAAAAGGUAUAUAUUGAGUUUUGUUGCGACGUGCUAUUUUCUUGAAUCAUGCAGCCGUGAGAAUGAUGACAUGUAUGUAUGAGUACACAUAUGUAUGCUGCAGUCUCUCCAAUGUCCUUUAUCUCUAGAAUGUAAUAUAAACAGAGGGCUUUGUAAUCUUUUUUUAAAUAUAUCAGAGUUUUUCUAAG